UCUUCGUUUAUAAUAAUGAAUGUUUGCCGUACUUGUUUAGAUGAAUCAGAUUCCGAGUUGGUUCCAGUGUUUUCCAAGCUCGAAGGUGAAUUUAUCGCUAAUAUUAUUGUGAAUUGCAGCUCGAUUUCGAUCGUCGAAGACGAUGGAUUGCCUGCGUUUGUGUGUUCAGCAUGCUUGGCGUGUAUCAAACAGAUUCUCGAGUUUGCCAAAAAAGCCCGCGAAUCGGACCUGAAGCUUCGGAACGUCGUCAAACCAGAUCCGUUGGUCGCGGAACAUAAAGAACCCGCUGGAGAAGCUGUCUGGUUUGACGUUUUGGUUACCAACAUCAAAACUGAGUCUGAAAAUGAAGCUGACAAUUGUAAACCCAGCAAUGAGGAAGAGAGUAACCCAAGCAAUGGAGAGGAUUUUGAUAACGAUAAUGAUAGUGAUUGGAAAGAUAGUGAUGGGAACGGUUCGAACGGUGGUGGAUUGGCGAAAAGGAGUGUCAGAGGAAAAGGCAAAACUGUUAAAUCGACAAGGGAGACAAAUCAAGAACGGAGACAAGUUUGUGAUAAAGAUGUCAACGAUGACGAUGAAGAUGUGGUGGAUGAUGUUUUAGAUGCAAAAGAAAGAGAGGUGCUGGAACUCGUCACCAUCGAACCCGGGAGACACAUUUGCUGUCUUUGCAGUUACGAUUUUGAAUCUCGCGAAAAGCUAGAAGACCAUGGAAAGAAGAAUCACGUAAAAAAGAGAAGAAUCAGUAGAACUCAUAAGCCAUUCUUUUGCGCGGUUUGUUACAAAAGAUAUUGUACGCGAGAAGCGCUUCAGGUUCAUCUGAAUCUAGCGGCUGAACUGAUAAAUCGAAACAUUUACCGUUGUAAACUUUGCCCGGCAAGGUUUUGGUCUUCGAAACGUAGAAGGCAGCAUGCCCACAACCAUCCGAAGUACUCUUUGAUAGAUGGUACGGAUCGGGACGUCGAAAAGAAAGUUGAGGCAACGAAACGACGUUCGGUUUCGGUUAACGAUGAUGACAGUGAUGAAAAUAACUCAGACGAAGAUGAACUUUCACUGGCGAACGUGAUACGAAAAGUCAACAAACGAAAACAUGACAGAACUCGUAGAUCAUCACGUACCGUGCAGGAAACAUCCGGACAGAAGUCGCGAUAUCGACAAAUAGAGAAACAAGUUGUUGAUGAAGACGAUAAUGAUGAUGAUGAGGACAUGAUUGAUGAGGUGCUGGAUGAAAAAGAACAAGAAAUGAUGGAGUUGAUCUCAGUAGAUUCCGCAAGAUACAUUUGCUGCCUGUGUAGUUAUGAUUUCCAAACUCGUGACGAGCUGGAGGCCCACGGAAAAAAGAACCACGAGAAAAAGAAGAGAGUUAGCAGAGCUAAUAAGCAAUUUUUCUGUAAGGUUUGCUAUAAACGUUAUUGUUCACAGGAGGCUUUGGAAGCCCAUCAAAAUCUAGCAUCAGGGUUAAUAAAUCGAAAAAUAUACAGCUGCAAGUUCUGUUCGGCACGAUUUUGGUCUUCGAAACGUAGACGUCACCAUGCGCACAACCAUCCAAAAUACUCCUUAAUGGAUGAACCGGAAGAAGAAAAAAAGAAACGACGACCAACCUGCUGCAACAAGGGUUGUUAUGAUGAGUUUGAAACUGAAGAAGAGCUCAUUGAGCAUGGUAGAAAACUGCAUGCGUUGAAGAAACGUACCGUUAUCGAUCCUGCCCUUCCGUACGAGUGUCCCGUGUGCUUCAAAUGCUUUGAAACAAAGAAAUCUCUAACAAGGCACCGACUGCGUAGUGUACGACCGGACACGGCCCAGUGCAGCAUUUGCGGCAAGGAGUUUAAGUUCAGGAAAUCGCUCGAACAUCACGAACGACAGCAUCGCAACGAGCGACCGUUUCCUUGUGAGCAGUGUGGCAAACGGUUCGGUUCUAAGCAGCAGCUUAAGUGGCAUUAUCUGGUGCACAAAGAGGACAAACCGUUCGUAUGUACCGUGUGCGGUUGGAGUUUUAAACGGGAGGGUAAUCUGCAGUUUCACAUGCUCACCCAUUCGGAUGCUUUGCCCUUCAAGUGUGAUGUCUGCCAGAAGUCAUUCAAGGGUAAAUAUCAUUUGCAGUAUCAUAUGCGUACACACACAGGACACAAGCCUUGGCACUGUCGCUACUGCGAAAAAUCCUUCGCAGACCAUGCCAAUCGAGCAAGGCAUGAAAUCUCACACACUGGUAUCAAACCCUACAAAUGUACUUACUGCGAGAAGAGUUUCAUUCGUAGGCGGUGUCAAAUUGAGCACGAAAGCACUCACACUGGAAUCAAACCGUACCGCUGUGAGCUAUGUAACCGUACCUUCAGCCAAAAGCCUGCCCUGAAGCGACACCUGGAGAUGCAUCCACUUGCAUUGGAAAACCAAAUUUCUCUCGCCCAACCGUCGCCGAUGCCGGCAGAUGCGCCCGCGGUUCGAUCGCCUGCGCCACUACCACCGGUACAAAGUCAAUAUUCACACAUUGCAACAACGACGACGGAACUGAUGGCACCUCCUCGUGAUUACGGCAUUCAAUAGGUGUUAGCAAGGUAAAUUAUUAUC